AUGUCCCAACCUGAUCAACAGUCUAACUCUGUCUCUAUUCCCCCAUCCAUGGAUACAUGCUCCCUACUGGUUUCGAACCUAAGACAACAGGUUAUGAGCCCUGUCAGCAAUUCCAAACCAAUUCCCGUUCUACUAUCCGGCCCCCAAAACUACGAUAUUUGGUUGCAUUACUUUAUGCGUGUAGUUGGUCGUGCCAGUCAUGUUUGGAAAGAAUAUGUUAAUACUGGAGACAUUAAUUCUGUUAGGAUGGAAUAUCCAGUAACUGAUAAUCAGAUUAAUUCGAUCUUAGAAGAUUUGGAUUUUAAUCUUAUUAAUCUUAUUAACAAGAGUGUCUCUAAAGAGAUUGAGAAAACGAUUGAAGAAUCUUUUCUUUCAGCUAAAAUUGAUGGCCCACCUGGACUUUUACUUUUAGAGUAUCUGAGAAGUAAAUAUGGUAGGAAAUGUGUUGAAUCCUCCAUGUCAAUCUUUUCUGAACUAACCUCGGCUUCAUCAAAACCUCACCCUAACAAGGGUAAUUGGGCAAAGAGAUUCAUCGACGCCAUUUUUGAUGGUAAUGAAGAUCUGGAUAUCAAUAAUAUUUUUCAAGAUCCUGCUGUUAGAUCUGCUGUUAAGGAUUAUCACAGGAAAUUAAAGGACUAUGCUUCAGCCCUAUUGUUGAUGGCCCUUACACCAGAAUUGCAACAGAAGUUUAUUGAUUUCUUUGGUCCAAGAAUUUCGAUUUCGUACCAUGACGUUGAAAAUAUGAUAGAACGUCAGAACAGUACUGUUCCCUCUGAUACUUCUUCAAACGCAGCUGCUUUUGUUGCUCAGAAGAAGAAAUUCUACAAUAAUAACAAUGGUAAUAACAAUGGUAAUAGCAAUAAUAAUUAUUAUAAGAGGAAGACUGUCUGCAAGGUAUGCAAAGCUUCACACAAUACGGAAAAUUGUCCUGAAGUUCAAAAGUUGAUUAACAAGAACGACUCUUCUAAGAAAACAAUUACAACCAAUACCAAUAAUAAUAAUAAUAAUGGCUGGAAUGCUGGUAUGUUAUGUUACCAACAAGAUACCUCUGAUACAGAUGAUGACAUUCUCUGGAUGGCUGUUGAUGUUGAUGGUAACUGUUUCAAUGCGAAACUACCAGAUCCAGGAUAUUUUGCUGAGAACGAUAAGGCUACCUGGAUCCUGGACACCGGUUGUACUUCACAUUUGUGUUGUGACUUACAACUGUUUGAAAAUUUUAAACCUUCACGCAGCACCAACAAGAUUACUGGUGUUGCAGGAAAUGUACCAAUUCUUGGUUAUGGUGAUGUCAUCAUGGAUAACAUUAAGCUACAACAUGUAGCUUAUGUUCCAGACUUACCGGCAAAUCUUAUUUCGGUUCGUCAAGCAACAGAAGUUGGUGGUUGCGAAUUCAUCUUUAACAAAUCCUCUGUUUUUAUGUCAUCUCCUUCUAGAAAAUUGAAGAAGGUUGGCAGUGUCCACAAGAAACUAUAUGUCUUAGACAUAUCUACUAAAGCUCCCGAAAUAACUGAGCUCUCUUUUGUUGCCGGAAGUGAUCCAAUGCUAUCCACAGAAAUCAAACCUGUCUCUGAAAGCAUUCGCUGGCACAGUCGUUUUGGACACCCAGGUAUUGAAGCAUAUAAUUCCUUAGCUAGAACCUUUUCUCUUCCUCGUAUGCAUCCUGAAAACAUCACCGUUUGCCCUACAUGCUCGUUAGGUAAAGGACUGAUCAAGAAAGGGGGAAACUCUAGAACCACAUAUUCUUCUCCAUUACAGCUAAUCCAAGUGGAUCUCUGUGGAAAUUUUCGUUACAAAGAGUAUCGGUCCAACCGAUACUUUAUGACCAUUAGAGAUGCAUAUUCUAGGUACUAUACAGUUAUCCACCUGAACGCCAAGAAGGAUGCUACUCAAGAACUUAUUGAUUGGAUCAAUCGCACAGAAAACUUCUUUUCCUCUAGAGGAGGCCACAAAGUUGGCAGUAUUAGAACUGAUAAUGGUGGUGAAUUCAAGAAUAAUGUGCUACAUGAGUACUUGAUUUCUAAAGGAAUCACUCAUGAACUAACUAUCCCAUAUAGUAGUUUUCAGAACGGUGCUGUUGAGCGUGCUCACAGAACUAUCGAAGAAAGAACCAGAUGUCUCUUAAUAUCUGGUAGAGUUCCACCUGAAUUAUGGAGUGAAGCUGUAUCUUGUGCAGUGUAUCUAAUUAACCGUACUCCAGUUUCUGCCAAAAAGAAUAUUAUUCCUGCAGCCUUAUGGUUUCAAGUCAAGUCCUUUACUUUUAAUAAUUUAAGAACUUUUGGAUGUGCUGCUUAUAUUACUUUACCACCUCAACUUCGUGACGGUAAAUUAUCUCCUACAUCUAUAAAAGGGGUACAUGUUGGCUAUGACUCCCAUCAUAAAGGUUACAGAAUCUAUGAAAUCGAAACUGGUAAGAUAUUUGUCAGUAGACAAGUUAAGUUUGAUGAGAAUGUUUUUCCGUUGGAAGGCUUAUCUAUUGAUGAACUACCUCAGAAGUAUGCUACUUCCCCAGUAAACGGUGCUCCAUCUUAUUCUUCAGUAACCAGUGGAUCUAGUUCGUAUUAUCCAUCUGGAAAUGUUACUGCGCUGUCCCCACCUCCAUCUUCAUCAUCCUCAUCAGAUUCUCCUAAUGCGGAAAAUCCUGAUACUGAUGCUACAAUGACAAAUAAUUCUCAGGAACCAUCCAUUUGUCAGGAUAACAUGGACACUGAUACUGAUGAUUCUCCGACUAAUUCUCUUGAAGAUGAACAACAUUUGUCAUCCGUUCUUUCCCACAGUUCAGAUUUGAGUUUUAAACCUCCAUCCUCUAUCAUUAUGAAUAAUUCUACUUCAGAUAGAAUAACAAAGCGUACACGUUCAGAAACUAACGUUACUUUUCCGGUUUCUGCUGACGAAGCUAUUGUUGAGACACCUUUUUCACCCUCUCAGUUAUCUUCCGAGCCUCCUUCCUCAUCUGGUGACAACCAUACUAUUGAAGAUCUGUCUACUCGUCGUCAUCUCAAAUCCUCCCCAUUCACUGACGAUACCAUUCGUACCUUAGAGGAUAAAAUUCGUAUUUUGGAACGUGACUCUAAGCAACAGUCCGCUAUCAUUGCUUCCUUCCGAUCAAGACAGAAAAAUUCAAAUGAAUCGAUUGCUACAGAUAUUUUUGAUGGUACUCAAUCCGAAUUUCCUGCUACCCGUUUUUCCAAAAACAGGAAGGUCCACUUAGAUGAUAUGAACACAGACGUUGGUGUUGGCAAUCAACUGACGACCUUAGAUAAUCAAAUGAUUACUGAUGUUGGGUUUACUCCGAAUACUCCUUUCAAUCCGUCUAUGUCAGUUGUUACUAGGCCUGUUGCUGAUAUUCAUACUGAUGCCAUUCGGGCACAGUUGAAAUCAAAUCCCAACUCUUCUUUUAAUUCUCUACCACCAACAUGGUUUCCUGCCGGUAUUCCGGUUGGUCAGAUUGCUCUUCCUCCUCCUUCAAGUCCGUUACCUAUUGAAUCCACUGAUUCUGCCGCUGAUUCACCUUCGGUGAUAUCCCAAGGUUAUCUUACCUCGUCUAGUGAUACUCCAUCUGUCUCACCCCCUAACAAUGCAUCUCCCUUGGAUUUCGCACUAUUUGCUGUCUGGUUAGCCAGCUCCAUUAGUCAGAAAACCUCUCAGGCUCCUAUUACUAUCAAACAAGCACUGUAUGGUCCCGAUGGUGCUGAAUGGCGUGCUGCUUGCCUGAAAGAAUUAUCUGCUUUUAAGGAACACAAGACUUUUUCCCUGGUUCCUCCUCCUAGUGAUGCUCGUUCCCUCGGAACUCGCUGGGUGUUCACUAUCAAAGAUGAUGGCAGAAAGAAAGCCCGUUUGGUCGCUCAGGGAUUCCGCCAGAAAGAAGGUAUUGAUUACACGGAAACAUUUGCCCCGGUUAUUCGCUACGAUAGUGUUCGUGUAUUGUUGGCUUUGGCCUGCUGUUUAAAUCUUCGCAUUCAUCAAAUGGAUGUUGAUACUGCUUUCUUAAACUCGCAGAUGGAAGAUGCAGUCUAUGUUAAACAACCACCUGGCUUUAUUGAUUCAGAUCCUGCUCACGAAGGAUGGGUCUGGAAAUUGCAUGGUGGCAUGUACGGUUUAAAACAGGCACCUUUACUUUGGAACAAGCAUAUUAAUCGUUCUCUGACUGCAUUGGGGUUUACUCGAAAUGAAAAAGAGUUUGGUCUCUAUUUCAAACAAACUGCGGAUGGUCCUUUACUUAUUGGUCUUUAUGUCGAUGACCUGCUGAUCGCUGCUCCCUCUCCCCGAAUUCUGUCUUUGACCAAACAGAAACUACAGGAACUUUAUUCCAUGAAAGAUCUUGGACCUGUUUCCAAAUUUCUUGGUAUGAACAUCACUCAAUUUUCCAACGGUAAUAUUACGCUGUCACUUGCAGACUAUAUCACCAAAGCCGCCGCUGAUCAACAAACUCCUCUCCACAAGAAGGUCCACAUUCCUUUGUCCCCUACUAUUAAUUACUUUGACGACAAGUCCCCUGUCGCUGAAAAUAUCACUGCUUUUCAAAGCAUUGUCGGUCAACUUAUUUUUAUUGCCAAUGCAGGUCGUCCUGACAUUGCUUACUCUGUUUCUCUGUUGUCUCGUUUCCUUAAGGAUCCUCGAGUUGUUCAUGUCUCUGCUGCUCAUCGAGUUAUGCAAUACUUGUAUACUACUCGUUUCCAUGGUCUCGGUUAUCGUGCGGGCUCACCGCUUCAGCUUACUGUCUAUUCCGAUGCUUCGCAUGGCUCUUUAGCGGAUAUGCCCUUCUCAACGGGGGGUUAUGUCACUCGUCUAGCUGGUGGUUGUGUUACUUGGUCCUCCAAAAAGAUUAAGACGACAGUUUGUCUUUCGUCUACUGAAGCUGAAUAUAUUGCUGCUAGUGAAGCUGUUAAAGAAAUUGAAUGGUUAUGCGAUCUCACUGCUGUUAUGGAUUUUAAAUUAGAUAAGACAAGACUUUAUGUUGAUAAUGAACCAGCUAUCAAGCUAAGCAAGAAUCCGGUAAUGCAUCCAAGAACAAAACAUAUUGCUUUGCGAUACCACAAAAUAAGACAUGCAGUUGAACAAGAUAUUGUUGAUCUGGAGUAUGUGAAUACUAAGGAUCAGCAGGCGGACAUUCUCACAAAAGUGUUAGCUAAAUAUCAAUUCGAAGCUUUAAGAGAUGAAUUGGUUUCGAAAUUAACUACUUGA